AUGCAUCUCGCUCUCUCCUCACUUUGCUUCCUUUCCUCCUCUCGACAGCAUCCAGAACUAUAGCGCAGCCGGCCCCAUCAGUCGUUGUGCUUCCAUCCUCCUCCUCCUCCCCCUUCUCUCUCUUUUAUUUCUCACUGCCAGAUCUCCCUUCCUUUUCAUACACGCACACCCACACACACGCUGGCACACACACACACACACACACACACAUCCUCUGCCCGCCUCCAACUCGCCAGCUCGGUCCCUCACUUCUCUGACGCACGACAGGGAAACAACGGACCCGAGAAAAGAAAGAUAGGGAGGGGUAAAAAGAAAAAGAAAGAAAAAUGCAGCAGAACGAAGUCGGUGCUGAUAUGAUCCACAUGCCCGGAAUGAUGCUGAUGAUGUUGCUCUGCUGGACAGAGACGCGGUCCUGAAGUCGAGAGGAAAGCUCUCACCCGGCUGUUGAGCGUUCGCCCGAAAGGCAUCAGAGAAGAAGGAGGAGGAGGCGGAAAGGGGGAGAGGAUGGGCAGAGCCCGGCAUCGGGACGGCGAGCGGAACGCACCGGGCGACUGCAGGGAGCGUCGCGGGAGGAUAUGUAAAGUAGGAAUCCCACUAAACUAAUGCUGUGAAGUGGCUCUGUCCCUGGAGCCAAGACUUCAUCUGUUUGGUGUCAGUGAGGAUGCUGUGGGUUACCUUGCUGAGCACCAUAGCCUUAGGAUGGACCACACCGAUCCCACUGCUCGAGGACUCCGAGGAGAUCGACGAGCCCUGCUUCGAGCCCUGUUACUGCGAGGUCAAGGAGGGCAUCUUCCAUGUCCACUGUGACAGUAAAGGAUUUACAAAUGUCAGCCAGAUCUCCCAGAUAUGGAGUCGGCCUUUCAAACUCAACCUGCAGAGGAACUCAAUGAGGAAGCUGUACUUCAACAGCUUCCUUCAUCUUAACAAUGCCAUAUCCAUUAACUUGGGUAACAACGCAUUGCAAGAUAUACACGCAGGAGCAUUCAAUGGCUUAGGAAUACUCAAACGGCUGUUCCUGCAUGAAAACAAACUAGAAGUUUUUCGGAAUGACACAUUCCUGGGAUUGGAGAGUCUAGAGUACCUCCAGGCAGACUACAAUGUCAUUAAAAGGAUUGAAAGUGGUACAUUCAGACACCUUCACAAACUAAGAGUGCUUAUAUUAAAUGACAAUCUUAUCCCUGUUCUCCCAAAUAAUCUUUUUCGGUCUGUGUCCCUCACACAUCUGGACUUGAGAGGAAAUAGACUAAAGACAUUGCCGUACAAGGGAACUUUGGAGUACGUUGGACGGAGCUUGAUGGAAAUCCAGCUGGAGGAGAACCCUUGGAACUGUGUGUGUGAAAUUGUCCAGUUAAAAACAUGGCUGGAGAGAAUCCCGUACACAGCUUUGGUAGGAGAGAUCACUUGUGAGUACCCAUUCCACUUACAUGGAAAAGACCUACGGGAAAUUAAACGCGGUGAGCUCUGUCCUCUGCUCUCCGAUGUAGAGAUUGAGGCCAAGCUGGGAAUUCCCCGGGUACCAUUCAGCAAUGAGAACACUUGGCCUACUAAACCUUCCUCCAUGCUCUCCUCCUUUCACAAUACAGCCUCUUCUGUGGAGUACAAGGAAAGAGCUGUGAAGCCCACCAAACGACCUCGGCCCACUAAGAAUCCCCCAACCCCUCGUAGCAUCUACCCAGGUAUCAACCAGCCUCCGAUUGCUGGUUACCAAACCAGACCACCAAUACCAAUUAUUUGUCCAGCUGGGUGUAUCUGUAACCUUCACAUUAAUGACCUGGGCUUGACAGUGAACUGUAAAGAGAAAGGCUUUCACAACAUCUCAGAGCUCCUGCCACGCCCCCUCAAUGCCAAGAAAUUGUAUCUCAGUGGGAACCUUGUACAGAAAAUCUAUCGUUCAGAUUUCUGGAACUUCUCAAGUUUGGAUUUACUGCAUUUAGGGAACAAUCGGAUCUCCUAUGUCCAAGAGGGCGCCUUUAUCAACUUACCAAACCUAAAGAGUUUAUAUCUAAAUGGAAAUGACAUUGAAAGGCUCACGCCUGGGAUGUUUCGAGGCCUCCAGAUGUUGAGUUAUCUUUACUUUGAGUAUAAUGUAAUUCGUGAGAUCCAGCCGCACUCUUUCUCUCUUAUGCCCAAUCUCCAGCUUGUUUUUCUUAAUGACAACCUGCUUCGGGCCCUCCCCACUGAUGCAUUUGCUGGCACCAGCCUUGCACGUCUCAAUCUUCGCAGCAAUUACUUUGUUUCCCUGCCUGUGCAUGGGGUCCUGGAGCACCUGACCUCCAUUGUUCAGAUUGAUCUCCAUCAGAACCCUUGGGACUGCUCGUGCGACAUCAUUCCACUCAAACAGUGGCUGGAAAAGCUCUCCUCCGUCAUUGUAGUCGGGGAUGUCACAUGCAAGAUGCCAGAGUUUGCAUUUGGAAAGGACCUGCGCUCUCUCGAGGUUGAGGUCAUCUGUCCAGAGCUUAGAUAUUCUACAGGCCCUUCCCCAGCAUUGCCUGGUGGGGAUGACUCCACCACUGGGAGCUCUGAUGUGGGAGAAGCUGGCAGGAGAGGGGCUGUUCCACUCUCAGUCCUCAUCCUCAGCCUACUCAUCCUGUUCAUCUCAGCUGUGUUUGUGGCUGCUGGACUUUUUGCCUUUGUUCUUCGACGCAGAAAGAAGCUGCCGUUCCGCAAACGUUCGGAGGUGGAUCUAGCAGGGAUCCAGAUGCAAUGCAGGAUUUUUGAGGACCCACCAAGGCAAAACAGUGCCGGUAACAAUGGCACACCAGAGAAACCAACACCCAGUAUGCACACACACUCGCACACAAGUCAUGCACAUGCUCAUGGCCACGUUUAUGAUUACAUCCCCCACCCUGUGACUCAGAUGUGUAACAACCCUAUCUAUAAGCCUAGAGAGGGGGAGAUUGCAGAGGAGGAGAGGGCACAGUUUUCAGAAAAGAAAGACAAUGGCAGCAGUGGCAGCAGUAACUAUAGGACCUUAUUAGAAAAAGAGCGAGAGUGGACCCUUGCUGUCUCAAACUCUCAACUCAACACCAUUGUUACGGUCAACCACGCCACCGCUGAUGUGGCGGGAUUUCACGAGAAUGGAGGGCUGUGCCCUACAGUGAUUGACAGUCAGAGACCCACACCAACAGUGGGCUUUGUCGAUUGUUUGUAUGGGACAGUACCCAAAUUAAAGGACAUGCAUGUUGCUCAUGCCCAUCCACCAGGCAUGCAGUACCCAGAUUUGCAGCAAGAUGCACGACUGAAGGAGACAUUGCUUUUCACAGCUGGGAAAGGCUGCUACCCUGACCCAACCCAAAGUGAUUACCUCGAGUUAAGGGCCAAACUUCAGACCAAGCCAGAUUACCUCGAAGUCUUGGAAAAAUCUUAUCGGUUCUAACAUCUGCAGCCCAUUGGAAACAAAACAAACUAAAAAAAAUACAAGAAAAGAAAAACAAAACAACAACAUUGUCACCUAAAAACAAAGCAGCAUGAUACAAAAUGAAAUAUGAUACAGUCACAAUGCCCCGACACAAAUCACCUUGGAGGAGAGGUCAUUCUCAGAUAUUUCAAUUAAGUGCCUUGUUUUCAGAGUAGCCAGCAAUGUCAACAACCAUUAUUUUUAUAUUACAUAAAUAUAUAUAUAUAAAUAUAUAUAUAUAAAUGCCCUGAAGAGAGCAAAAGAUGAAGCAGAGGGGCACUGGGAGAAACUACAAACCACGUUACAUCCGUCACUAAAACCCAAUUUUAUGGAGUUACAAUAACGUGCUACUAAUUACAAUGUGGACAAACGGGAGCUGGACGUCUCCCUUUCUUCUUUUUUCUGUCUUUUUUUUUUAAUCUAUUUUACCCCCAACUAGGAUCUACAAACACACGGAGGCUGUGCACAGAUUUUUUAUGAAAUAAUCAAAAGAGGAAAACAAAUACUUCUAUCCAAACUGAACUGCAGUUUGCUGCAUGCACUCGCUUCAGUGCAGGAGGUGAGAGAAUUUACUCAGAACUAUGUGACAUUAAUGAACAGAGAAACUGCAACAAAUUUAAAAGUUCAGUGUUCUAUUUAAUUUUUAUAUCUUAUUAAUAUUGUUAUUACUAUAAAUGGGGACUUCUGUCUAUAUCAGGGUGUUUCUCGUUAAAAAAAGGAAGCACCAAUGCACUGAUGGUAAAAUAUUUGUGAAUAUUAUUGUAGGAUAAAGCUUAGGGUCUUCUGGAUUUUUCCACGCACUUUGUUAAGAUCUUUCCCUCCCCUCCCUCUGCCUCCCUCACCCUCUUUCAUUGCUUCUGGAAUUCUCCCAUGUCCACCCACUAACAGCUUUGUAGGAAGCACUUUUAAUGUUUUCUCUUUCACAACGAUUUGAAGAAAAAUGUGCAUAUAUUUAUUCUGUAAUUUCAGUGAAUAAUUUAAUUGUAAAGGUAAUGUUAAAUCAAUGUAUAGUGAAUAUGCGUCUGGUAUAGCCUUCUUAAUAAAAACAAACUCUUCAAUCAAAUGAUGAAAGAGUUGCCACUGGA